ACUCAUCACUCCUCCUCCACCCUCGGCCUCCCCCCCGGAGCAAACGCUCAGACAGGUUCAGCUCCGCCACACAGCUCCAUAGUCCUCCUCCCCGCUGUCAGACUUCAGGAAGAGGGGCUUGUUUUCCAAGAGGUGGAGGUGCAGAUGAUUUGGAGAGGACUGCCACCUUGCACAAUGGGAGAAAAAGCACAGUUUGGUGAUUUUGCGUGGAGGAGCGUCUGCGGUCGCUGUUUUCAGCUGAAGGCUGUUCCUCUGCAGAGCCUGUCGGAGCUGGAGAGAGUCCGUCUGCAGGAAGUGGCCUUCAUCCGCCUGCUGCAGGACUACAACCUGAGCUGCCACAUCACCAUCCCUAAAGAUGGGCAGAAAAGGAAGAAGUCACUGAGGAAGAAGCUGGAUUAUCUGGGAAAAGAAAAGAAGGAUAAAGAGUAUGUGCCGCAGGCGUUCGGUGUGCCGCUGCAGCAGGUCAUCGCUAACGAUCGCUGGCUCAAGCUGCGGCAGGACGCACGAGAGGACCAGCGCGAUUCGACAGCCAAUUUGGCCUCGUUCCUCCUGCACUUGACCGGACAGAGAGCCAGUCACAGACACUUCUACAGCAGCAACUCCUCCCUCAGCUCCGCCUCCGAGACCAACAACGAACCCGCGUCCCCCGUCAGCCCAGAGGCCGUAGCCCGCUCUCGCAGACGGGGCGGCAUGUCUGUGGACAGCAUCACAGACCUGGAUGACGGUCAGUCUCGCCUGCUGGAGGCGCUGCAGCUGUCUCUGCCUGCAGAGUCGCUCGAUAAGAAAGACAAGAAGAGAGAUAAGAAGCUGAGCCUGAACCCCAUCUACAGACAGGUUCCACGCGUGCUGGAGCUCUGCUGCCAACAUCUGGAGAAAUACGGUCUGCAGACUGUUGGGAUUUUUCGAGUUGGAAGCUCCAAGAAGAGAGUCCGACAGCUGUGUGAGGAGUUUGAUCAGGGCGUGGAUGUGACUCUGGGACCAGAACACAGUGUCCAUGACGUAGCUGCCCUGCUGAAAGAGUUCCUCAGGGACAUGCCUGACCCUCUGCUGACCAGAGAGCUCUACACAGCCUUUAUCAACUGCACAUCGCUGGACGUCUCGGAGCAGAACUCUGUCCUGCAGCUGCUCAUCUGCCUGCUUCCUGCCUGCAACAGCGACACACUGCAGCGCCUUCUCCACUUCCUGUCCACUGUAGCCAAUCACGCAGCGGAUACCGUCAACAGCCAGGGGGAGCAGGUUCCAGGUAAUAAGAUGACCGCUCUGAACCUGGCCACCAUCUUUGGUCCGAAUGUGCUGCACAAACAGAAGAAUUCGGAGAAGGAGUUCAGCGUUCAAAGUUCUGCACGGGCCGAAGAAAGUGCUGCCGUCAUCAGCGUGGUUCAGCGCAUGAUCGCUUCCCAUGAGUCCCUCUUUAUGAUUCCAGCGGAGCUUCAGCACGAGGUUCUGCUGAGUUUACUGGAAACGGACUGUGACGUGGUGGAUUACCUGCUGAGGAGGAGGAAGACGUCUCACUCAGAGAGUCCAGCCACGCAGGAGCCGGAGCCGGAGGACUCGUUCAGUCUGGGCGAAUGCUGUUCCUCCACCGACUCCAACAAAGCAUCCAGCGGAGAAGUUUCUCCAUACGAGAACAACUCCCCCACGCUGUCGCAGUGGCUGUCUGCAGGGGGCGGGGGCGUCCAGAGUCCAGAGAGACUGCCCCCUGCUGGACACUUCAGAGUCCCAACACCACCUCCACUCACUCACACAGAUGCAGCCUGUGAAAAGACCGAUAUGUGGGGAACAUGGCACGCUACACUAAAGUCAGGAUUUCAUGGGAAUCUGCACACACAUACAGGCUCUGAUGGAAUUCUGCUGGAUUCGGUCUUCUCUAGCUCCUCAGAAGUCCUCCUCAGUCACCAUGGCAACAUGAAGACCCCUAUCCGUCGAACACAUACCUGUCCGACUGAGGCCGAAGAUAGACCACGCCCACCAGUGACACGCGCCUACAGCAGCCCUGUGAGAGACAGCCCGCUGGACCAAUCACAGCACAGCCCGACAAUGUCGCCUUGGAAACUACGGAGUACAACGGAGGAGGAGACAAGACUGGCCCCGCCUACCCCCUCACUCUCACCCAGACCUCCUCCUCCGUACCCCGGCCCAAAAAGAACACAACCCACGUUACUGCAGUCUUCAGGAACGUACCGCCACAGUGCCUACAGUUGCCCUCCCAACAGCCAGGGGGCAGCGUCCAUCUGCACAGACAUUACUGACCCUGCAGCUGGCGAAUACCAGGACUGGCAACGAGACAACUGGCAAGUAUGGCAGCUCUUAUCAUCAGACAGUGUUGACACACUACCAGAAACGCUGGUGUGAGAUGAUGAAGAGCGCCCUCUUGUGGCCACUGUGCCUACAAAAGCCAGGACAAUGGAUAGUAUGUUGUUUUUGCAGUUUUGUACUGAUGUUUUCUUUUUCUUUGUGGUUUUGUUUUUGCUCUUGUCACUUUAUUACAUGUCAGUUAAAAAAAAAAAACAGCAGAUUUUCAUCAUUCUGUUUCAUGUACACACUGAUGAAUUUCAUAUGAAUGUAUUCUUUCAUUACUGUCUUCCAUCUUUGCAAUGAUUCAAACACUUGUGUAUUUUGUGCACUACUUCAUACAGAGAAUUCUUCCUAAAGUUUUGUCUACCGAAACUAAACAAAAGAUCACCAGCCAGUCUGUAGCGUUCAAAAGCUUGGAAUCACUUGUCAUAUUAAUAAUUGCUGUUAUUUUAUUCAUAAAUAAAAUACUUCAAGAUGUUUUAUUCUUUAUAUAUUAUUAAAUGAUAAACUAUAUAUUGUACUUAUCUAUUUAAAGUAAUUAGAUUAGAUAAGAGAUUUGAUCAUUACAUUUCAAAUACAAGCAAAUCAGGACGUUCAUUUUAUCAGAAAUUCAUUUGUGAUAUACAGCUUUCUCUGUCAGUUUAGAAUCUUCUGCAGCUCUACACUUCUAUUAUUUCUUAAUUUUUCUUUUCAGCUUCUA